GUAAACACGGUGUCGGUCACUACUACCUCAUUGUGCAAAGGUCGGAAAAAUUAUCCUAUAAUAGGAUAAGCGCUAUAAUUUGUUAUACUUUGAUGCUCAGUAUCGGUUUCUAACACUUGUUCUCGUAAGGAAAGGGGUCCUCUACUUCUAUUCAAGAUGAACUUCGCUCUGGAGACGCUUCAGGUGCUGGCCAUGUCUAUAUAUUAUAACCUGGAGGCACUUGUAAAACUCUUCAUCCCUUCGCGGAAGAAGAGUGUUGCGGGAGAAACUAUCCUCAUCACAGGGGCGGGUAGCGGCAUCGGCAGGCUGAUUGCGCUUGAGUUCGCCUCCAUGGGCGUCACGCUGGUGCUGUGGGACAUUAGCCAGGAUGGCAACAAGGAAACUGUUCGACUGGUGAAGGAAAAGGGCGCUGCCAGGGUGCACUCAUACAUCUGUGACUGCAGCAACAAGGCAGAGGUGUACUCAGUGGCUGACCAGGUGAAAAGGGAAGUGGGAGACGUGACAAUCCUUAUAAACAAUGCAGGCAUUGUCACAGGGAGGAAGUUCAUGGAUGCUCCCGACAGCCUGAUUGAGAAGUCUAUGGAGGUCAACUCCAAUGCUCACUUCUGGACUUACAAGGCGUUUCUCCCUGCAAUGGUAGCCAGUAACCAUGGUCACCUGGUGAGCAUCGCCAGCUCUGCUGGACUGAUUGGAGUCAACGGCUUGGCAGAUUACUGUGCCAGUAAGUUUGCAGCUGUGGGCUUCGCUGAGUCUGUGGCGCUGGAGCUGCUAGCAACAAAGAAAAAUGGAGUGAAGACCACCAUUGUGUGUCCCUUCUUCAUUAACACGGGGAUGUUUGACGGCGCAAUCACCAAAUGGCCAAUUAUCAUGCCCAUCCUGGAACCUGACUAUGUGGCCAAAAAGAUCAUCCGUGCUAUCCAAACUGACCAAGUGUACCUGUAUAUGCCUCGGAUCCUCUACCUCGUCCUCGCCCUCAAGAACAUUUUGCCCACUAAGAUCGGGCUCCUAUUGGGAGACUACCUGGGGGCAUUCAAUUUCAUGGAUGCAUUCAAAGGCCAUGGGAAGAAGGACUGAAGCAUCCAAUAAGUGCUCAGGAGGGGGGGCUCAAUCCAUUUCCCGCAUGAAGUGCUGCAGUUAACAACCCUCUGUGAAUCUAGACUACAUUUUAAAAAGCUUUUCUGGCUUUUAUAAUGAAAGUAAUAUGUAUAUCCUACAUACCGGUGCCUAACUACCUAUAUACAAAUAUGAAAUACAUUGUAGAAUUUAAUUGUUAGUGCACAAAUAAUUAUUGACUAUGAAGGAUGUUUUAAAGAGCCAUUAACAGUAUACAGAGAUGAAACAGUAUACAGAGAUGAUGCACUCGUAUGAAACUAUGGUUACUAAUUCUACCAUAUAUGUUGUUAACUCUUUUGUUUUAUAAUAAUAAUAAUAAUAUGCCAUUUAGCAGACGCUUUUAUCCAAAGCAACUUACAGUCAUGCGUGCAUACAUUUUUGUGUAUUUUACUAUUGUGUGGGGAUACAGUAUGAAGUAAAUGUCUGCUAUUUUAUGUCCAAUGAGAUUUCUCUCCAGAGUCACUUGAAAUGUAUUCAUUUUUUACAAAAGCUACUGCCUUAAAGCAGUUGUUGAAUGAUUUCUUGCUUUUAUGCAUUUUAUUUGAAGUAUAUGUAUUGUUAGCCUUAAUUAUGUUAUUGUCUUAUGUAGCUUGUUUGUCAGUAUCCACAUCAAAAAUUUAGUUGGGAUAUAUUGCCAUGGCAAUAAAGCUGUUAAGAAACUUUAAUAAUUUAAUUUAAUAUGCCAAAGUACACUUUGAAGGUUGCUGUUGUUUCAACUUGUUAUGUGAUAGUGUGAAAUAAUGGCACAUAUCAUCAUUAUUCAUUUACAGGUGCAGCCAUGGUUAUCUUUUUAUAUAAUCCCAAUCGUACAUCAUUUCUUAAUGAUUUACCAUGUAUGCCUCAUAUUAAUCUUUGCUUGCUGGAAAGUUAAAUGUUUGGAAAGCCUUACAACUGUCUGAUCGCAUAAUAAAUACAUGAUCUCAAAUGAA